CCGUUCUUAAUGAAAGUUGUUACUUCCGGCAAAAUAACACGCUGCGUGAAAAUUGGCUUUGGUUGGAAACCCGUGUUUAUUUCUCAAUUAUGAAGUUGCUUACUCAUAACAUGUUAACAUCUAACAUCAUCAAGGGCGUGUCUAAAGGGUACCCCCUCAAAAUCAUGGCAGACAAGGUGGAGGUGAAGGACGUGGACUUCAACCCAGAGUUUGUGUCUCGCAUGAUCCCCAAGCUGGACUGGUCUGCUCUGUGCUCUGCAGCAUCUGAGGUUGGUCAUAGCGAGAAUCUCCCGGCUGACCUAGGUGAGAGUUACGAAACUGAUCAGGAGUUCCUGAAGCGAGCACACCACGUCCUCAUGCAGGUGGAGGUGAUUGAGGGCAACCUGGUGUGCCCCGAGUCCGGAAGGAAGUUUCCCAUCAGUAACGGUAUUCCCAACAUGCUGCUGAACGAGGAUGAGGUGUGAGGACAACAACCAUCAUCAUCAUCGUUGUCGUCACAGCCAUCUGUGUGACCCAACAAUACAUGUCCAGUGAGAACCAGAUUAUCAAGGAUGUGAUACCACCGUCAUCAUCAUCGCCAUCGUCAUCGUCAUCAUUGUCAUUGUCAUUGUCACUACCAUUCUAAGCCGGGGCGGUCGGGUAGCCUAGUGGUUUACGCGUUCGCUCGUCACGCCGAAGACCCGGGUUCGAUUCCCGACAUGGGUACAAUGUGUGAAGCCCAUUUCUGGUGUCCCCCGCCGUGAUAUUGCUGGAAUAUUGCUAAAAGCGGCGUAAAACCAUACUCACUCACUCACCAUUCUAAGCCCAUUUACAUAUCUGUUGACUGUAAAUUUUGUUGAAAUGAAAGAAAAAUCAUGAUUUGGUCUUGUUUUUUCCACAGAUAAGCUGAUAGCAUAUUGCACUCAAAAGUAUUUUCUAAACAAGGACCAACUGAAGUUGACAAAUACGAAACAUGGGAGUCAAAAUAAAGUUUGUUGUUCCUGAAAUUGAUAGGAUGCAUAGAUGCAUAGCAGUAUUCCUGCUUGAUUCAUCAGGUUUACAUUGCUUAAAGCAACGUCUGUGUAGCAGGCUCUCCUCCCACGUUAAACCAUUUUUAUUUUUUUAUACCAGCCGACCUUUAGCAUGUUUAGUGGAGCAGAAAACUGAAACCAUAGUUGAAUCGUUUUUUUCUUCGUUUUUUUUUUAACCUACCAACAGGUAUUUUGGUGUAAAGGAUCCGUAAGGCAAGUUUAAAAAACGUCGCAUAAUCAUGACAUCCAAAAUAUUGGUCAAGCUGGUGCACGUGAACUUAUGGAAGAACAUUACUAAAUAAGUGACAGUAUGGCAUAGUCAGGACCUCUUGAAACAUGACGACUUUCACAUGUUGGGAACAAUUGUCAUCGAUCCCAAUUGCGUGGAUCGAUGCUCAUGAUGUCAAUCACUGGAUUGUCUGGUCCAGACUCAAUUAUUUACAGACCGCUGUCAUAUGGCUGGAAUAUUGCUGGGUGCAGUGUUAAACAACAAACCAUCCAUCCUUACUACUGCCGCUCUUGUGGACCAAAUGUAGUCCCCGAUAUGCCUUGUCCUUCAUCAUAAUUAUGGACGAAUAGCAAACAUCCUAACAGUUGUCAUGGAUAUGCUGAUGGGGAUGUGUGUAACUUGUUAUGGUUUGUGUAGAAAAAAGUUCUUUGAAUUAUGUUGAAUGAAUAAAGAAAUUAACUGUU